UGCUGCCUACGAUAAGAGUACUGAUGCCUACUAUGGGGGAAACUGCCACAUACUAUGGGGGACACAACCGCCUAUUAUGAGGGUACUGCCAUCUAUUAUGGGGAAAUAGCCACCUCCCAUGGGGGGUACUGCCGCCUACUGGGGGGGGAAUCUGCCAUCCACUAUGAAGGGGACAUCUGCUAUCAAUCUAAUGUGGGGAACAUCUGUUGCCAACCUAAUUUGGGGGACAUCUGCUGCCAACCUAAUUUGGGGAACAUCUGUUACCUACCUAAUGUAGGGGACAUUUGCUGCUAUCCUUUCUACUAAGGGGGGCAUUAUUACAGUUUGGGGCAUUAUAGUUAUUGGAAAAGUACGGAGCCUAAAAUGUUUUUUUUAUUCCCCAUAGCUGGAAGAAAUCCUCAUGGCGUCUGAGCUGGAGAAGAAAAAGGAAAGUUAACGAGAUCAGAGAAGAUGUCAUCUGAUAACUACAAGACGUUCAGCGUCCCUACAAUGAAAGCAUCUCACCAGAAAUCAUCCCGGAUAAAGACAAUGAGGAAAAAUAAUGGAAAAGACCAAGAUGGACCAAUCAACAGAGCCAACCUGAUGGAGUCUCUGGCUACAUCUGUCAAAAGUACUCUGAAAGUCCACUGCUCCAAGAACAGGCGUCCACUCAAGAAGGACAGGCGUCCACUCAAGAAGGACAGGCGUCCACUCAAGAAGGACAGGCGUCCACUUAAGAAGGACAGGCGUACACUCAAGAAGGACAGGCAUCUACUCAAGGAGGAGAGGCGUACACUCAUGAAGGACAGGCGUCUACUCAAGAAGGACAGGCGUACACUCAAGGAGGAGAGGCGUCCACUCAAGAAGGACAGGUGUACACUCAAGAAGGAGCGGCGUCUACUCAAGGAGGACAGGCGUACACUCCAGAAGGACAGGCGUCUACUCAAGGAGGACAGGCGUACACUCAAGAAGGACAGGCUUACACUCAAGAAGGACAGGCGUCUACUCAAGGAGGAGAGGUGUACACUCAAGAAGGACCGGCGUCUACUCAAGAAGGACAGGCGUACACUCAAGGAGGAGAGGCAUCCACUCAAGAAGGACAGGUGUACACUCAAGAAGGACAGGAAUCCACUCAGGAGAAGCAUAUAUUUUAUCCUUUAGGCACCAUACGACACACAAACACAGAGGAAAUGGGAGGCGCCUCAAUUUUCCGCAUAAUUACGGAUUGUCUUAUGUGCUUAUACUUGGCAUAAAAGAGUUAAUGUAUGAAUUUAUUGACAGGUAUGGUUUGUGUUGCUGGGCAGAUGUGUGGCCAGCUGUUACCAGGCAGAGUCCAGAGGGGCCAGCUGUUACCAGGCAGAGUCCAGAGGGGCCAGCUGUUACCAGGCAGAGUCCAGAGGGGCCAGCUGUUACCGGGCAGAGUCCAGAGGGGCCAGCUGUUACCAGGCAGAGUCAGAGGGGCCAACUGUUACCAGGCAGAGUCCAGAGGGGCCAGCUGUUACCAGCCAGAGUCCAGAGGGGCCAGCUGUUACCAGGCAGAGUCCAGAGGGGCCAGCUGAUACCAGGCAGAGUGCAGAGGGGCUGGUUAGUUACUGGGUGGAUGUGGGUUCUGUGACAUGUUUUGUUUUGAUUUACUGUUGGUGUCUGUCUACAGGCGGGAAUGGGGGUAUGUAUAUAUGUUGGCAGUUACAGGUGCUGUCACAGAUCCUCCGUGAGCAAGUCUAAGAAGAUCCCCCCCCCUCUCCCCCCUUUGUCAUGGGACUUUUAUUAGUGGGUCUGUCACCCAGUCUAACUGGGUGGACAUGUCAGAUAUUUUCUCACAUGGAGUUGCUCAAUGUUAUUGUAUUUGUGAUUAUAUUUAUAUUUGUUUGUUAUGGUUUUACAAUUUAUUUGUUUCCAUUAAUAAAAGCC